AUGAAUCCGAAACCACUGUCUGGCCUGGUUAUCGCGGCAUCUGGGAACCUUUCCGGCAUAAGGCAUCACCAGGUAAAGCAGGUGGUGGAGGAACAGGGCGCCCGGUUUGCAUACCUGGUUACCCACCAAUGCACUCAUCUUGUCACAACACAGCGAGACGUGGACUGCCAGACCUGGAAGGUCCGGCGAGCUAGAGCCCUCCAGAGCUGCGCAGUUGUUUCGCUGCGCUGGCUCACCGAGUCGCUUAAGAAAAAGACCCCCCUAAGCACGCAGACAUUCUUACUCAAGGAGAGCAAUUUUUGUGAACUUGCCUUCCCAGUAACGCAGGGUGAGGACACUCCCACUCAGUCCCGAAAACGUAGGCUUGAUGCGGAUUCAGAGGGUGGCACGCGCCCCUCAAAGAAGAUCAAGAUCACAAGGAUCAAAAAGCUCUGCAUGCCUAUUGACGUGCGACGAGAGUGGCUUGAUAUGGGUGCGACCCUGGCCGAUCUCAACCCUUCCGCUUUGCCUAAUGCAGCCAACCUGACUCGCUUUCAAAUCCUCUUCGAUGUUAAGGCAAAAACUUACCAAACGUGGUUCAGCUUGAGCAACGGGGGUUAUCCUCACGAAGGAAGGGUCCUGGAAACUUCGACAAGUCUUGAAGCGGCCAAAAAGCAGUUUCUCGCCACUUUCAAAAAGGAGAGUGGCCAUUCCUGGGGGAACAGGAACGCUGUGCCCAAGAUAGGGCACAAAAUGUUCAUUGCACGCACUUAUGACGACGAAGGAGAUAUUUUAGAUCUCACAACGGACAAGGCAGUGAAAUGCACUUUAACCGGCUCCGUCAAAGAGGUUAUGGAGUUCAUAUUCGACAAGCACAACUUCAAUAUCUCCAAACAGGUCUGGAAAACAAGAGCAGGCAGGACAUCGGGCGAACUGAGCGAACAUUCUCUGAGGAUUGCGAUUGCAAUUCAGAAAAGGUUGAGGGAUCUGGUGAGACCUGGCAUGAGUGACCCAGAGAAGGCUGCACUGAAGAAUCCCAAGACUCCCUGGCACACCGUGCGACUGAGCAAACUCUACUCCAUCAUCGUUAACCCCUCAUCGGUAGGGGGGACUUUCGUUUUGUACGAAGAUAGUGAGGACAUUGAGAAUGAGCUUCGGGUUCUCAGCACCCUUUUGGACAUGAAGGUCUCCAUAGAAAUGAUGAGCCGACUAGGCCCAGACACCACAGUGCAUAACCUGGAUCGAGUAGUGAGUAAACUGAACUUGAAGGAAUUGGCUCCAGUGUCAAAAGAUACCGUCGAGUUCAGAGCCAUCAGCGAUUACUUGCACCUUUCAAUCGGGACUACACACAGGUACAAAUACGCACUCCUUGGAAUUGUGCGGCUUGAGCGCCCCGGUGAAGCUGAAAAGCUAGCCAAGUCGGCCGGUAACCGUGCCAGCAAUCGCAUGCUUCUGUGGCAUGGGUCAACCUGCGCCGGGCUUGUCGGGAUCCUCAACCGAGGGUUGCAAGUCCGGCCUUUUGUCAAAACCGGAGGUAGACCCUGCAUGUUCGGCGAAGGAAUUUAUUUCGCCGACAUGUCAAGCAAAUCGAUUGGGUACUGCGAUCAUCAAGGUCUCGGUAACAAGGCCUUGCUGCUGCUAUGUGAGGUAGAGAUGGGGCCGAAUACAAUCGCGAACACCAGUGCCAAUUACAAGGCAAAGGAACAGGCUACGGCUAACAACCACAUCUCUGCCAUCGGUGCAGGAAAAAAUUACUUACGUUGCUGGCAUGAUGCCAUGUACGUGCAUCCAAGUCUCAGAGGUGUCUCGAUGCCUGAUGUACACAAGGGAUACUUGAGGCGACACAACCCUAAACUACUUUACAAUGAAUACGUCGUCUGGAACCCUGACCAGGUUCGAAUCCGGUACCUGGUGCACCUGACAGCCGAACGAGCCUGA